UUACCUAGACAUUGAUUCCUUCCCUGUGCCUUUCAGCUCUCCUUACCCUUGGGGUCUCUCUGUAUACACAGGAUACAAAAGUUUACUUAAGGCAGAACUCAGGUGAAGCAGCAUUCCAGAGCUGCUAAGGACACUGGCAAACAACUUCUCAGAGAUGCAGCCAGUUUUGAGUCAGCCAUGUUCAUGGAUGCUUCAGAUGCUGCUAGUGUCAAACCUUCUCCUUUGGGAGAAUGUGUACUCUAUGUCAGUGUGCUUUGACAUGGAAGAAUACAAUGAGAUACCCAUUGAAGAACUCUUUGAUAGUGUUAUUUUCACUGCUCAAUACAUCUCGAACCUCACAACACAACUGUCUGAGGAGUUUGACACAAAAUUUGCUCAUAGCCUUAUUUACAAAGCGAAGAACUCCAGCACCUGUCACACUACUUCACUUGCUACUCCUGCAAGCAUUGAGAAAAUCCAACAGACACAAUCAGAUAUCCUUGUGAAGAUGAUGAUCAGCAUUUCACGAGCCUGGUACCACCCUCUGAAACAACUUGUGCGUGCAGUUGCUACUCUUGAAGGAACCUGUGAAACCUUGCUGUUGAAAGUCAAAGAAGUGGAGGAAACAAACCAAGAUAUUCUAGAAGAACUCAAGGCAAUCCUUGUCAGGGUUCAUCCUGGAGCUGAAGAAAAUUUCUACCCUGCUUGGAUGGGACUGGCAGAUGUGAGGUCUACUGAUGAAGAUACCCGCCUCUUUGCUAUUAGUAACCUACUCCAAUGCCUGGCUAGUGAUACUGACAAAAUUGCCAAUUACCUCGAAGUCCUGAAGUGUCGCAUCAUCCAGAACAACAACUGCUAAGCACAUAUCCAUCCACCUAUUACUAGGAUAGUCCCUGAUGAUCCAGAUUAUCAGUGCUUCCUUUCUUUGAUUUUCAUCUUUUGCAUGCAUAUAUGUGUAUAAUGAAUUGCUCUUUAAAAAAUAAAAUGGAUUC